AUGAAUUUUCAUGUGUCACCCUUCACGUUCACACUAAUCUAUCCCAGAGUCGCUGAUCAAAUUCAUCCAUCAGCAAGUUCAUCAAAACAAUCACCUAAAAGUGAUUCUCAUCAGAGAUCAACUAAAGACUCUAAACCUUUAUCUCCAUCCCAAGAAUCUGAAACUUCAGAAUCAACCUCAUCAUCAUCUACAUCUACAUCUUCAUCCACAUCAUCAUCAUCAUCAUCAUCAUCUCAAUCUAAUCACCAAAACUCACCGCCAAUAUUUGCCCUUGAAAAUAACCCAGAACCUCAACGAUUAUCUCCAGGAAUUGUCUCAACUUCAUCCGCUCCUCCAUCAUCUCAACCAUCUACUCAGGAAACAAUUCCAACAUCUUCAUCUCAAGAAUCAAAUGAUCAAGAAAUUUAUCCUUCAAGUUCGACGUUCAAUUUUUAUCCUGUUGGAUAUUUUCAAGAACAAUCAGCAAACUCGAAGGAUCCAAAGCCGAAUUCUAAUGGACUAUCUUGA